GUGUAUGGGGACUGUUGUGGAAAGAGCGCUCCUAUAGAAAUUGUGACAGUCGCACAGAGGCAGGACGCUUUAUUUGACAUUUCUCUCUCCAUCUCUAUUUCUCUUACAUCUCCAAUCUCUGUCGGAGGAAGAAAAAACAUUUAAAAGAACUGUUGGAGAAGUGUCAGAGAGUCAUCAACAGGAAUAGAGGGAGGAGGGGAUGUGGAGAGCUCCAAGCUUUAUAAUCUCCUUCCACUGAGUGAAGACUGGAGAGAGACAGGAGAGAAUGAGAGAUGAGAGGAGGAGAGGAAAGAGGGUGAAGAUAGAAGGAUGGAGAGGAGGAUCCAUUGUCAUCCAGCUGUCAGGGUCAGUCAGCAGGAUGCACCGGCACAGUGGAGGCCAUGGAGGAGGAGGUCCUCAGGAAGUGGAGCUAACAGACGAAGAGAAGGAGAUCAUCAACAGUGUUCUGGCUCGGGCUGAAACCAUGGAGGCCAUGGAGCAGGAGAGGAUCGGGCGUUUUGCCACUAGGUUGGACAGUAUGAAGAAGACAGCAUGUGGAGAUGGUCACUCUCACUGUCUGCUGUGUGGAGAGACGUUUGGCCAGCAGGGAGUCAACUCCGUACUCUGUUCCCACUGCAAGAAGCAUAUGUGCAGUAAGUGUGGGAUUCAGAACAACAGCCGGUCGUCAUGUCCUGUGUGGGUCUGUAGGAUCUGCAGCGAGCACAAAGAGAUGUUGAAGCGUUCUGGAGCGUGGUUCUUUAAGGGCCAACCCCAGAAAGUCCUCCCUGCUCCCCUGCCCAUCUCCAGGCCCAGAGGGACAGGUAGAGAGAGCCCCCGUACCCUGAACCCCACCCAUCACCAGCCCAGUACCCAGCCCUAUGCCUGUACCCAGACCCAGCCCAUCUACCAGCCAGAUGCUGGUGCAAAGAACUGCAUAGAGCAGCAGGAGCAGCAGGGUGACUGCUGCUCCAACACAGAGAACCAAGAGCCCACCGAUGAGCCCCCGUACUCCAGCUCAGAGCAACAGGACCCAGAGGGGUAUAGCUCUGCUCAGACACUAGGGGGCGUUGCUGUGCAGGAAGAGAUGGUGAAGAACCAGUCUAAGUUAGGCUCCAGACCUCCCACAGCCAGGGGGAGAGAGAACACGCCAGCUCCAGCUGACUCAGUCACACCACAGGCCCAUGCGCCCGAGGAGAGCAGACACCCUCACCAGAGGGAGGAUAGAGCCCCAACUCCAGUCGGGGAGGAGAAACCCACUCCUGCCCCCAAACCCACCCUGGCAGCACGCCCAGCCCCCGCUCCUGUCGAGGACGAUGACAACGAAUAUGACUCUGAUGAAUCCACCACCCUGGGGUUACUGGAGUUCACUCUGCAUUAUGAACAGGAGAACAACGCGCUGCACUGCAAUAUAGUCAAAGCCAAGGGCCUAAAGCCGAUGGACUCUAAUGGCCUAGCAGACCCUUACGUCAAGCUGCACCUCUUACCUGGAGCCAGUAAGUCUAACAAGCUGCGUACUAAGACACUGAAGGGCACUCUGAACCCAGUGUGGAAUGAGACUCUGGUGUACCACGGUAUCACUGACGACGACAUGCAGCGCAAAACGCUACGGCUGUCAGUGAGUGAUAUGGACAAGUUUGGGCACAAUGAGUUCAUCGGAGAGACGCGUGUUGCUCUGAAGAAACUCAAAGCCAACCAGAAGAAGAACUAUAGUGUGUGUCUGGAGAGGGUGGUCCAGGUGAAGAAGGCAGGAACAGGAGGCUCAGCCCGGGGCAUGGCUCUCUACGAGGAGGAGGUAAAGGAGGAUGCAGAGGAGAGGGGUCGUAUCCUGGUCUCUCUAACCUACAGUACCCAGCAGGGUCGUCUGAUAGUGGGAGUGGUGCGAUGUGCUCACCUGGCAGCUAUGGACUCUAAUGGAUACUCAGACCCCUUCGUCAAGAUCUUCCUGAAACCAGACAUGGGGAAGAAAGCCAAGAACAAGACUCAGAUAAAAAAGAAGACGCUGAACCCAGAGUUCAACGAGGAGUUCAGCUAUGAGAUCAAACAUGGUGAGCUGGCCAAGAAGAGCCUGGACAUCUCAGUCUGGGACUAUGACAUGGGAACAUCCAAUGAUUUCAUUGGAGGGUGCCAGCUGGGCAUCACAGCCAAGGGGGAAUGUCUGAAGCACUGGUACGAAUGUCUGAAGAACAAAGACAAGAAGAUCGAGCGCUGGCACGUCCUCCUAGAUGACAACACCGUUAAAGACACGGACGACUAAGACACGACCUCUUCUUCCUCUUCUCCUCCUCCCUAGAUUCAUCCACCCCAGGCUGUUUCUAUCUUCCUCUCAAAUGUUUUAUUUUGUCUUCCAUUCUUGGUCUUCCGACUUUUAGUAAUGUGAACCUGAAUUAGCAGCAAAAUAAGGGACUCUGUUUUUACAACUUCUUUCUUCGUGUGCUGACAGAAUGCUUAUUGUAUGCAUGUACUCAUCAACACAGUGUUUACAGUGAAACAAAAAGAACUGCAACACAUUAUAUAGAUUACAUUAUGUAGAUGACAUCGUCUCUGACCCCCACCCUGGAUUGUGCUGUACAGAGUUAUGGCAUGGUCAUAAUCUGUGUUCUAUACUUCCAUACUGUGCUUUUAUGACAUGGUCAUAAUCUGUGCCCUAUACUUCUACACUGUGCUCUCAUGACAUGGUCAUAAUCUGUAUUCUAUACUUCUGUACUUUGCUCUAAGGACAUGGUCAUACUCUGUAUUAUAUACUUCUAUACUGUGCUCUUAUGACAUGGUCAUAAUCUGUGUUCUAUACUUCUAUACUGUGCUCUUAUGACAUGGUCAAACUCUGUAUUAUAUACUUCUAUACUGUGCUCUUAUGACAUGGUCAUAAUCUGUGUUCUAUGCUUCUAUACUGUGCUCUUAUGACAAGGUCAUAAUCUGUGUUCUAUGCUUCUAUACUGUGCCCUUAUGACAUGGUCAUAAUCUGUGUUCUAUACUUCUAUACUGUGCUCUCAUGACAUGGUCAUAAUCUGUGUUCUAUACUUCUAUACCGUAACUGCAGGGUACUAGGGUUUGCUCUGACAAAGCAUCAUCUUCAAGUGGUACUGUAUGUACAAACAGUUUGUUAAAAGGAGGAUAUGAUGGAUGUUACGGAACAUAUAUUUACAUUUACAUUUACAUUUAAGUCAUAAAUUGAUGUUAUUUAUGUAUGAAGAUGUUUACAUAGUUAGUAUUAGCUGUUUAUGUUGAUAACAUGUCAUGUUAUUGAAGCAGCUCGCCUAAGAACCAUGGGAUAUCAUAGAAACCUGGAAUGCACUGAUUUAGAUAUUGCUCUCUAUUUCUUUCUUUCUCUCUCUAUCUCUGUCUGUCUCUCUAUCUCUGUCUGUCUCUCUAUCUCUGUCUGUCUCUCUAUCUCUGUCUGUCUCUCUGUCUCUCUAUCUCUGUCUGUCU